CACUUCCUGAUCACGGCAGCAAACAAACAUGGCGGCCACCAUGGAGCUGAGAUGCUGGGGAGGUGAUUGGGGUUUGCCUUCCGUCCACACAGAAUCUCUCAUAGUGCUGGCCUAUGCCAAGUUCUCUGGAGCCACGAUCACAGUAACUCCCAUAGACUGGACGUGGAAGACUUUGACAGGCACAGUGCCAGAGUUGGUCUACCAGGGAUCCACAAUAACCGAACCUGCUCAGAUUCUCAACUUCCUGAGAAAACAGCAGAGGUUUAAUGCAGACUAUGAGUUGUCGGCGAGGCAGGGAGCAGACACCAUGGCCUACAUCGCUCUACUGGAGGAGAAACUACGACCAGCCCUGUUACACACAUUCUGGGUGGACGCUGAGAACUAUGCUAACCUGACUCGGCCGUGGUUCGCCUCCCGCUCUCCCUUUCCCCUCAACUUCCUGGUCCCUGGUCGCCAUGCCAACACAGCCCUGUCCCGGAUCCUGCUGACCAAGGGAGAGUCUCCUCUACACACCAUCACUGAGGUGGAGGGAAAGAUUUACAGUGAAGCUAAGGAGUGUCUGAAUCUGCUUUCCCACAGAUUGGGGACGGCCUACUACUUCUUUGGGAACACGCCAUGCAGUCUGGAUGCGUUUGUGUUUGGCUUUGUAGCUCCCCUCCACAAGGCCAGUCUACCCAGCAGCCCUCUGCAGAGCCACCUCAGACAGCUGGACAACCUCCAGCGCUUCUGUGACCACAUACUCAACGCUCACUUCAGCAGUCAUCCCGGGUCUCCCCAGCCGGUUCAGGAGACGGUGGAUGCCAACCUGCAGAAACUCACUCAGCUUGUAAACAAAGAGUCCAACCUCAUAGAGAAGAUGGAUGACAACCUGAGGAGCAGCCCUCAGCACAAACCCCUCAGAGCAGACCCCAGACCCAGCCUGGGCAACGACAAGAGCUCUACCCCUGCCUAACCCCUAACCCCUCACCUCUAGCCCCCGACCAGCCUGGUGGAUGGGAGGGGUGCUGUAUUAUACUAAACCUGGUUCUGUUAAUGCCCUAGCCUGAGUGCCAGUCUGUUUGUACUAGCAUGCCAACUCUUUCUUACUCAUUGACAAGGACAGCAAUGGAGUUGGCAAGAGCACAAACAGAUCUGGGAUCAGUCCACAAAUACCCUGGGUUAUCCUUUAAAUUAUGCAUUUGAUUGUUUUAGACAGUUUAUGCCUUGCAAGUGUAAUUAAAACUGCCCUGAAUGGAAACUAUCAAUGAAGAAAAAUAAUGGCAGAAUUGUGAACUAUUUAGAGAUGAUGAUGUCUGUAAAAUAGAUAUGGUUUCAUGAAAUGAGGGAGAAGUGCACAGGGAAAUGGAAAGGUUUUAGUGGUUUAGAGCGGAAUGCUGAGGACUGCUACCAAAGGAGAAGCCUUGAAACAUUGAAGGCAAGAGGCAGGAAAUGAGAAGGCCAGUUGGUUUAAAACGCUCUGAGGUAUUAUACUGCCUUUCUACUGACCUGCUGUAAGAUAGGGAAAGCCUUUUCUAACAGAUUCUAAAUGAUUGAAAUGACUGAGGCCGCAAUUCAUUCAAACCUGCAUUGUAGUAUGUAUUAACACAGGAACAUGUUUUCCUGUAGUCGGGUAAUAUCCAAACGCAAAACUCCUCCCACAGGUACAGGUACUGUAGAUGCUCUCAGGUUUCAGAAAUAAGUUGUGUUCAUGGACAGUGGUCGUGUAAACAAGGUCACUGCAUAAACACUAAUAUGGCAGGUUUGAUGGAAUUUGUUCAUAGAUAAGGGCUAAGUCUAUGCUAAAUAUACAAGGCAGUUAUUCUUUAGCUCUGUGGUAUAAUGGAAAAUAAAAUGUAUGGGUCACUUAUAUAUAUGUUUGUAAUGAACAGUACAGGUUGAAUUGAUGCAUCAUUUUGAGAGAUUCUGGUGUAAAUGAGGUCAUUACUGACAGGCAGGCACUGACACUGGUCUACUUGAGUUUUGAAACGUCAUAGCUACUGUAGUUGCUGUUGCACAAUCCUAAAUGAUCAGAAUAAUGCUCUUUCCUCACCUGAGGACUGACUUUCUCUGCUGAGACUCGACGCACGCCCCAAAUGGCACCCUAUUCCCUAUAUAGUGGGCUACUAUUGACCAGAGCGCUAUGGGCCCCGGUGAAAAGUAGUGCACGAUAAAGGGAACACAGUGCCUGAAACAGGUUUUCCUCUAGGAUUUUGCCAGUGCUUAGCUGUAUUUCUAGCUGUCUGUGGUGUUUCCAUCCAGACCUGCUGUAUCUAUGUACAUAAUCAUUAAAAGUUAGUAUUACUUUAUGAGGGCAUGUAGCUGUCUAGUUUCAGUUCAUUUGUGUUCAUAUUGAAACGGGGAAUGUUUAAUACAGUACAGAUUAUUUUGUUUGUUAGGAUGUCACUUAUUCUACUGAGGGAGAUGUCUAAGCUUAAAGUUUUCCCUUUAACAAAUAGAUCAUCUUUACAACUGUUGUUAAAUUAGCUCUGUAAAUAGACUUAAGUAUAUAUGUACAUAUAUAUGCUAUCAUAUCGCUGUAGAAGUUAGCUCAUUUAAUUAGCUAUAAUCCUGCCUCUUCAUUAACAGAUCGAGUAGUUGUGAUCUUAACAUUGUAUAAUUGUAAAUACAUUUAAAUACUAAUCCAAUGCAUUUCAUUCAGCGUUGUUUCUUUGUAAUGCAGUUCAACUCUCCUCACAUGUGUUUUCAUUCUCUAGCUAAGACUGAAGUGAGUCAUUGAUUCUACAGUUGGGGUUCAUUUAUAAGGCAUACGUGUUUUAGAUUGUUGUUCAGCAGUAUCAAAAAGCACUACAUUUGUAUACUGCCCUACAAAAUGCAGUACCUAUGUUGUUUUUUUACUGCAAAAUCUGACUUCAAAGUAUUUUUAUGUCUAGACAGCAAUUUCUGAUAUAUUCUGAUCAAAAGAUCAAAGAUUUUUGACCAAAUUUGUAAUCAUUGCGUUUUGCCUUUGUAGGGCAGGCAGUAUAUUGUGAGGUAUUUUACUUUUGAUAUCAAUUCAUCAAGUCUGAUCUCUAACACAAACAAAAAGGUGUAAUGGAUUCUCACUCAAAAGAUGUUGCAUAAAGCUUACUUCAUUAUUAGAUUUUUCCCCAAUUAUUUUCUCUUUUGAUCUCUAAUUCACCCCAUGUUGUGGAAUUGUUUUUGUAAAGAUUUGUUUUGUUUAUCAUGAUUUUGUCUGUAUUAGUUAUGCUGUGCCUACAUCACCAUCGCCUUGUCUGUUAUGAGCAGGUCAAUCUAUUUGGGAACAGGCCUUGCAUUAGACAAUGAUGGAGAACUCUGCUAACAUACUGUACGCCAUCUCUGCCUGCAGAUGUCAGAAGUAUGUCAUUACUGCAUGUUUGAAGUAUGUCAUUUGUCUCCCACUGACAUCCAGAGCCAUAUAUUUAUAUGACUCUGGUGACAUCCAGCAUCAGCUACUGUAAUACUGGCUCUAUUCACCUGAAUGUUCCAUGUUGUUUCCUGUGCUUUGCCUUUGCUGUUGUUUGUUGUUUACUUCCUUUGUUGACAGGAUUAACAGGGACUGUUCAGUGCUUAAAGGGAAUGCAUCCAUGUAGUGAAUAUUCCCUUUAAGCAAUGAAUAUUAUUCACUUCAUGGAUACAUUCCCUUUAAGCACUAUGGAAUUAGUUACAACUUUAUUCAUUGUUUUGGUUUGUGUAGAAGAACCUAUUUGGGUUGAAAUACAUGUAUAGGACAAAGGGAGACAGUAUUAGGAAGUACUGUGUGUCUUGAUAAGACUGCAGAAGGGAUUGUAUAGCUGUAAACUACUGUAACCAACUUUCUCAGAUUAAACUCAUGUUUGGAAUUGUAAUAACAAUAUUGUCACUUUUUUCCAAGUUCAGAAAGUCACAGUUAGGAUUUGGCCCAUUGUCCUUAGCUAGUCAAUACUUAAAGUUAAAACAACAUUAGUAAAUUCAUUCUCCUGAGGUUUUGUGAUGGGAUCAAAAACAGAAUUGUAACCAUGAUAUUGACAUUGUAAUACACUAUCAUAUUCCUGGUUCAUUCUUUGUGCAUGGUUGCAAAUGAAUGCUUUCAUUUCAAUUUAAUAAAAGUAUAAUCUAACCACCUA